AUGCCAUACCCUACAUUCAACAACAUGGAAGAAGAUCCAGAAGAGAUCGCUGAGCGUGAGAUGGAGAAGAAAAUUGCUGAACUUGGUCUGACGAAUACGAAAAUUGCAUCCAAGAAGAAGCUCCCAUCUGCACCUCAGCCUUCUCCUGUUAGACCAGUUGCGAAGAACCCAAAGGAGGCGAAAGCUAUUCGUAAGAAGAGGAACCGUGGUGUAAGUGGCUCGUCUAUUAAAAAAGAUGGUGGUCGCUUCGAGUUUGGACUCGAUUACGAUUUUGAGGAUGACUUCGAGGAAGUGACUGAUGAAACAGAAACGCUUGAAGAGUACCACCAUCCUUGUGGUUCUUAUACCUCAAGAUCAAUGGGUUUCGGAUCGAUGGAAUCGGAUAGUGAGGCGAGUAACGAUUCUCCUAAUGCUAAAGCAAACGGUGAUCAGGUGCUUCGCGUUCGAGAUGUGAUCCUCGAAGCAAUAUCUCCCGACGAUGACGGUUUUAGUGAGGAUUCGUUGGCAAAUUUGCUCGCUGAGGAAUAUGAUGAAACUGGUCGCGUUAAGCUCCUCCAUGAUGCACUCUCUGCAAUUUGCAAUAAGGACGAAAUCGUUGCGGAUCCGAAGUAUGAAUAUCGUGUUGUGAGCAUGAUUGCGAGGUUAAUUCAUCAGGGUCUGUUGAAAGGUGCUAGCGUUGUCAACUAUGUUGAACACGUGCGAAAUCGUGAUCAUGGUAUGCGACUUCUGGAAGCAUCCACCAUGGUCCCGUCGAAGGGCAAGGAUGAUUCAUUGCUUUUGACCCAAGUGGAGAAACUUGCAAAAGAACUUGCAACUGAGUACGACACUAAAGAAGUGGCGGAAGAUCUGUCCGGCCGUAACGUUCCCUUCUAUCAUGCGAAUUUCGUGUAUCAGGUGUGCUUAGAAGCAAUCUCAUCAAUGAAUAUGGAUGUUAUCUAUUUUGCAACCAAAGCUCUCAAAGAUCUCCUUGAUCAUCGUACGCUUGAACAGUGGUCCGUUAACAUAGGUGUUGAGCGUUUUUUCAAGAAUAUUCCAAUGGUCGAGAUGGAUUUGCCUGGGGCUACUUCACUUGCUACGAUGCUCAUGAGUUAUGCUGCGAAUGACGUUCAGAUUAUUGAUGAGUCUGUUGCGAUCUUGUGUCCGAAACCUACUCGUUUCGUCAAAGCGGGUCCACAGGGGAAACUUUCUGUUGUUGAGAACAAUAAGGAAGAAUGUAACGAAAUGAACUACUUUUCUAUGGAACAGUAG